CCGGAAGCACCGCGCGCCUCCUCGCUGCCGGCCGGGGCCCAGCGCCGCCGCCGCCAUCGCCAUGGGGGGCAAGAACAAGCAGCGAACCAAGGGCAACCUGCGGCCUUCUAGCAGUGGGCGGGCCGCAGAGCUCCUCGCCAAAGAACGUGGAACAGUGCCUGGGUUUAUUGGCUUUGGAACAUCUCAGAGUGAUCUAGGAUAUGUCCCUGCCAUUCAAGGAGCAGAGGAAAUAGACAGCCUUGUGGAUGCUGAUUUUCGAAUGGUGCUGCGAAAACUUUCUAAAAGGGACAUCACAACAAAAUUAAAAGCUAUGCAAGAGUUUGGGACAAUGUGCAAGGAAAGAGAAGCAGAAGUUGUUAAAGGUGUUCUUCCUUACUGGCCAAGAAUUUAUUGUAAAAUCUCACUAGACCACGAUCGCCGUGUUCGAGAAGCAACUCAGCAGUCUUUUGAGCAACUGAUUCUUAAAGUAAAGAAACACUUAGCUCCUUACUUAAAAAGUAUCAUGGGAUACUGGCUGAUUGCUCAAUGUGACACUUACUCCCCUGCUGCUUCUGCUGCAAAAGUAGCUUUUGAAAAAGCUUUUCCUUCAAGCAAACAACCUGAAGCCUUAGCAUUCUGUAAAGAUGAAAUUCUUAAUGUACUUCAAGAUCACCUUCUGAAAGAAACUCCUGAUACGCUCAGUGACCCCCAAACUGUACCAGAGGAAGAAAGGGAAGCCAAAUUUUUCCGGAUUCUGACCUGUUCCUUGUUAGCUUUAAAAACGUUGCUUAGCAUGUUGCCAAAGAAAGAGAUGCAUUCAUUGGAGGAAAAGUUAAUGUCACUUCUGUCCCAAAACAAAUUUUGGAAAUACAGCAAACACAGUGUACCACAGGUUCGCUCAGCUUUCUUUGAGCUGGCUUCUGCUUUAUGCCAGUACUUACCUGAGCUGGUGAAAGCUGAAGCACCAAGAGUUUGUCCUGCUGUUCUUCUCGGCAUUGAUGACAGUGAUGCUGUGGUGUGUCCUGCUCUUUGGGAAGCUGUCCUUUACGUUAUUGCCACUGUUGAGGACUGUUGGAGUCACGUAAACGCCAGAAAGGGAGUUUUACCAAAGCUAUGGACAGUGCUUCGAGAAGGUGGACGAGGACUAGCUACUGUUAUAUACCCAAAUCUCUUGCCGUUCUUUAGCAAGGUACCUCCUGGCAUUGCAGAACCAAAGCUGGAAUAUUUCAGAACAUUUUUCAGCUCUAUAAUUCAAGGGUUGUCAAGUGAGCGAGCAAUAGCCAGUCCUUCGGAAAGUUCAGCGAUUAUAAUUGCAUUUAUGGAAUGUCUGCGCUUUGCCAUACUACAGAAGGCAGAUGAAGAAGAUGACCAAAGACAAAUUCAUCAAAUGCUUAUAUAUGACCAGCUAAUUCCCCUUAUUGAUGCUGUACUUAAGGAGCCCAGGUUACAAAAUGGACCAUUAUUUUAUCAAAUAGCAGAAACAUUGAGGUCCUGGGAAGCUAAAGCAGAACUUUCCAAUGAUGAUAGCACAGAUGAAGUUUUCCAGAAACUGUUGUCAAAUUUUUGGGACCAUCUUUUAAAAAAGUGUGUACUUCAUGUUGAUACAUUGGAUGCUGAUGAGAAGUUGUUGUUUGCCAUAUCUGGUAUGCUGGAAAUUCUUCAGAAUCCAAAGAGUGCUACAAAACCAAACAACAGAAAAUCUCUCAAAAUCAGAUUUACAGAUGAGGAUGAAUCUGAAAGAAACACAGAGAAUGGAAAGGUCACAGAAGUGAGAAACAGUCACUCUGAAAUACAGGCUGACUUGCAGCACAGUUCACUUCUAAGGAAAGAACCUUUAGAAAAUUUAGUCUGCAACCUUGCUGAACUGAGUAUUGUGUAUGUAAAUGAGCAGAAGUCAGAACAGCAUUUGAAAUUUCUCUCUGCCCUGCUCAACUCUUUUUCUUCAAACAGAGUUUUUCAAGUACUUUUAGAACAGGGAAACGAUGCAAGCUCUGCUCAAACUGAAUCCCAAAAAGAAACUAAAGCUCAUCAUGAAAGUCCAUCUGUACAAUUUCUGUACCUGAAUUUAAUAACUUGGCUGAAAGAAGACUGGAGGAAAGACACCCAUUUUCUGGUGGAUAUUUUGUACAGUGUCCUUAAUUGUUGCAACAGUAAUGAUGAAAGGAAAAUAAUUCUUGAUGAUUUAACAAAGAUGGAUCUGAAAUGGAGUAUUUUUCUCCAGAUAAUUCAAGAGGCAUGCUCAAACACAACAAAACUUUGCUUAGUGUCUGACUGGCUAAAAGGAGAUACACUUGGGGAAAGACUUGUAACGCUGGCGGAUGAUCUGUGUCACCUGGGCUUAAAACCUAUAGCAACCCCAUCAGAAUCAUCCUCUUCAGAAAGGUGGACCCUCCUGAGCUUAGUGUUGUCACAACACAUUAAAAAUGAAUCUUUGAUUGGCGAAGCUUUUGUUGAAAGGAUUAUUGAUAAACUUCAAGCAGCUCUGUCUAAAGCUAAGGAUCUUUCUGAAGCUGGAAAUUCUGAACUAUCAGUAUCUUUCAUCUGUGAUGUAGCCUCAAGCUUUUUCAGCUCAGUUAAAGGGUGUUUACUGAUGCCAUCUUCAGAAGACUUGCUGCUUACCAUCUUCCAGUUGUGUGCUCAGAAGCAGGAUGCUACGCAUUUAACAGAUUUACUUGUAUGUAAAUUAAAACACACUUGGAUGUCUGGUGUACAUUCACUUGUGCAUCAACUUCGGAAUAUGCAGAAGCAGAGUACCUUUUUGCAUAAGUCUGCGCUGUGGGUCAAGAAUCAAAUACAGUCUUCCUCUUUGGAUGUUAAAAGCCUUCAGGUUUUGAUCUCUGCAGUUAGUGAUUUGUUGUCUAAGCUUAUGGAAGCUGAUGGACAGUCUGGAUAUCUUGUGGGAGCGUAUAUUGAGCAUAUCACACCAAGCAAAGCUGAGUGGGGGAAAUUGCAGGAGUCUCUACCCACUGAGUGGAUGCACAAACCUCUUUUGGAGGGAAGGCUUACUAUGAAUUGUGAACCUUUGGGAUCAUGUGUCAAGCUGUGUGGCACAACUAAACUUCCAGGCCAUCUGUGUACCUCAGCCUUGUUAAGUAAAAUGGUGCUACUUGUAUUGGAAAAUGGUCUAGUCCAUGGAAAUGAUGACACUGAAAGAAAGAAAAUUGACAAUAUAAUUGCAGAGCUAUUGUACUCAUUGCAAUGGAUUGAAGAAUUGGAGAACCCUCCUGAUCUGCUUCUGGAAUAUCUUCACAUGUUAGAAGAAAUGCACAUCACAUAUGAUAAGUUCAGUACACUUAGCAAUACAACCAGCCUUCAGCAAACAAUAUUUGAUAGAUCAGAGGAACAUGGAAGACUCUGGUCCUUAACCAUGGCUAAAGUGAUUCGUGCAGAAAACACUGUAUCCUGUGAGAUGAAACAACUUUUUAAGACAACAGAAGGGUUUGUGCCAUUAACAGAGGGCAAACUGCAUACGCUUCAGUGUCUAUCACCUUUUUUAAUUGAGGAAGAAAAGAAUGAGCUUGUCUUCCACUGUGUGGCCAAACUUAUGACGUGCACACAGACAGAGCUUUCCAGUACCGAUGGAGCAUUUGGGUGUCUUUCCAUUUUGAACUCCUGCUUGGAUGAUAGAAGUAUUGAUCUACUACCUGGAAUACUAAAAAUCAUAAUGUCUUGGAAAAAUGAUAAUGAGGACAGCUUUCUCUUUAGCUGCAAUCUGAAAGAAACGAGUGCUCAGUUGCUUGGUUUCAACAUAGAGAUGAUGCGAUACCUUCCCUUGCUGCUGAAGUAUCCCACAGCUCCUUUGACCGAUAAGGAAUGGGACUUCAUCAUGUGCUCCAUGCUGGCCUGGUUAGAGACAACAAGUGAAAACCAUGCGCUUUAUCAUGUCCCGCUCGUGCAGAUUUUUGCUUGUGUCAGUUGUGACUUAGCAUCUGCCCUUAGUGCUUACUUUGAAGCUCCAUCUCCUGAAACUAUUGAAAACCUUCCUGUGAACUUGAUCAGUGAAUGGAAAGAAUUCUUUUCUGAAGGAAUUCACAAUUUGCUGUUACCUUUGUUGGUGAAAGUCACAGGAGAAACCAAAAAUGCAUCUGAAGGCUCCUUUCAGAACUCUGUCUUAACGUCUUUGGGUGAAGCUCUAACAUACAUCUCGAAGGACCAGUUGUUAAACCAUAAAUUGCCAGCAAAGUUUGUUGCAGGCCAGAAAACAAAUCUUCCAGAUAAACUCCAAACUCUACUAAAUACAUUAUCUCCCUUGUUGCUUUUCCGGGCUAGACCUGUACAGAUUUCUGUCUACCAUAUGUUGUAUAAAUUAAUGCCUGAAUUGCCUACAUUUGAUGACAAAGAUCUCAAAUCUUACGGUGACGAAGAGGAGGAAUUGGCAUUAUCGCCUCCAGCAGCUCUUAUGUCUGUCCUGGCCACUCAAGAACUCCUGCUAGAAAACAUCCUGGAAUGCAUUCCAGUUGGAGAAUUUGCAGUCAUUCAGCCCCUGAGCGAUGAGUUCUGCCUUGUUCUAGGUUAUCUUCUCACUUGGAAGUUAACUUUAGCUUUCUUCAAGGCGGCUUCUUCUCAGCUGCGAGUUCUCUACUCUCAAUACCUUAGAAGAACUAAAAGCUUGAAUAAACUGCUUUAUCACUUGUUCCGGCUUAUGCCUGAAAACCCUGUCUUUUCUGGGCCAACUUCAGAAGUUCCAAAUAAGGACACAAAAACCUUCUUUACUGAAGAGCUUCAUUUGGAUGUUAAAGGGACUGGAGUCCUGUCAUCCCAGAUCCCACACUUGGCCUGCUCUGUGUACCAUAUAACGCUGAAAGACUUGCCAGCCAUGGUCAGGCUUUGGUGGAAUAGCUGUGAGAAACGUGUCUUCAAUGUCGUAGAUAAAUUUACAAGCAAGUAUGUCAGCAGCGUGCUUUCUUCACAGGAAAUAUCUUCUGUUCAGAAUAGCACACAGUUACUUAAUGGCAUAACGGUGAAAGCUCGGUCUGCUGCACGGGAAGUCAUCGCUACUUAUUCAGUUGAUGACAUAUUUAUUGAACUAAUAAUCCAGCUUCCAUCCAAUUACCCGCUGGGAUCUAUAACAGUUGAGAGUGGGAAGAGGGUUGGUGUGGCAGUACAGCAAUGGCGCAAUUGGAUGCUGCAGUUGAGCACGUAUCUGACACAUCAGAAUGGAAGUAUAAUGGAAGGCUUAACGUUGUGGAAAAAUAAUGUGGAUAAACGUUUUGAGGGCAUUGAAGAUUGCAUGAUCUGUUUUUCAGUCAUUCAUGGCUCCAACUAUUCUCUUCCUAAAAAAGCUUGCAGAACGUGCAAGAAAAAGUUUCAUUCAGCUUGCCUGUACAAAUGGUUCACAUCCAGCAACAAAUCCACCUGUCCACUCUGUCGAGAGACGUUUUUCUGAAAUAAAAUGGUCUUUCUUCCUUUUGUGAACUCAGUAAUAAAUGAAGAGGAGGAGGCAAUAAACUGUAUGUUGAAAGAAGCAAACUACUUGGAAAUACUGUCAGUUACUUAGAUUUUUGACUAGUGGGAUAUGACCCAUAUUUACCUCUGGACUGUUUUUUGUAAGUUUGAAGAUUCUUCUUUGAUAUAAAGAAAUAUAUAAGAAUAAUUUAUUUUAAUUUGUAUAUUUUCAAGGUAUUGAGAUAUGUUAAAAAUACAGAAAUAAUGUAGAGUUAAGUCUGAAAAGUGGUGUUUAAGCCACGGCAUAGCUGAUUAAAACCUCUUUAUUUUAGGUAUAUUCUAACAUGGCGUUAUGCACUUAACCCAGAUCACGCCUCUUAAUAUAACAGGUGAAUUUAACAUAGAUGGUAUAAAGACUUGGGUUUUAGUACAUACAUGGUAGUUUCUUUUAUGGCGGGGAAAAAAGGAUGUUGUUGCUGUUAGACAUUAAGGCAUGGAACUAGCAUGAUAACCUUCUGUUAAAGCAUAAAAUUUAAACAUGGCAUGCUCUAAACUAAGGUGUUUAUAAACUGAGCUUUCACCAUUAACAGUCUCAUUUUCCCAAAAAACCUCAGCCAUCCAGCACCCUAAAAACAUGAAAACUUGGAAGCCCAAGUAAGUAGAGAGAGUACAAUCGUUCCUGCAUGACCAUGAAAAACACUACCUCUUUAUUGACAAUUGGCUUUUUAAAGAGAAGGCAUAUGCAGUGAUCAAUUCUUGUUUUCAUGAUUGCAGUUAAUGGCUUCAUUAGCUGGCAAUUUAAUUAUCACUGAUUGUAGAUUGUACUUCCACUGUCCCGUAAUAAUGACUCUUAAAUGAAUGUGACAGACGCGUCAGAAUUUAAUAUUGUCUCAAUUUCAACUAUAUGUUUAUUUCAUGCUUUUCUUUUAACAGCAGUAACAUACUAAUAUAUUCUAACUUGGGUGGUAUUUGUGGUGGAUUUCUUUGAAAAGUUAAUAAAAGGGGAGGAAUAAAUGAAUUUGGGCAGCCUU